UCUUUGUUUCAAUAUAAUAAUUUUGAAGAUAUGGAAAAUUUGUCUAAUAAUGGUCUAAGCCAUCUCUUCAUGACAGUAUUUCUCCAUUGUUUCUCUAUAUUCAUGGUGAUUCCAUCCAUUACUGAUAUUACUAUGUCAGCCAUUUGUCCUGGAAAAGAUGAAUGCUCCAUUGCUAUAUAUCUCACCGGAAUUCAACACACGAUAAUAGGUUUGGGAUCACUAAUUAUAAUGCCUGUGUUGGGGAAUCUAUCAGACACUCAUGGAAGAAAAGUAAUGCUCAUGCUCCCUUUGACCCUUUCUAUAUUCCCUCUAGUGAUAUUGGCAUACAGCAGGACAAAAUACUUCUUCUAUGCAUACUAUGUGCUAAAAACUCUGGUUGCUAUAGUUUGUGAAGGAAAUGUUCAUUGCCUUGCUCUUGCCUAUGUGGCUGAUGUUGUUCCAGAGAGUCGUCGCGCCUCUGUCUUUGGAGUCCUAUCAGGCAUUGCCUCCUCUGCUUUUGUCUGUGGAAAUCUCUCUACUCGCUUUCUCUCCACGGCUUCCACUUUCCAAGUUGCUGCAAUAGUGGCAAUAAUAGCUCUUGUAUACACAAGAAUGUUUCUUCCUGAGCCUUUGAUAAAAGACCAAAUUUCUACUAAAGGAAUUGAGACAAUUUGUCUAUUGGAAAAAGCUCCAAAGAAUAAAUUCCAAUUAUUCAAGACAUUGCCAUCUUUCAAUGAUGUGUUAUGUUUAUUAAGGAAUAGCUCUACAUUCUUACAUGCAGCUAUUGUUUCUUUCUUUGCCAAUGUUGCACAUGUUGGACUUGAUUCUUCUCUUCUUUAUUUCUUGAAGGCUCAGUUUCACUUCAACAAAAACCAAUUUGCUGAUUUGUUGAUAAUUUCUGGGAUUGCAGGAUCCAUAUCACAGCUUCUUUUGAUGCCCAUAUUAGUUCCUGCUCUUGGAGAGGAGAAAUUGCUCUCUGUUGGACUCUUUUUUAGUUGUGUUCAUAUAUUACUUUACAGCAUUGCUUGGUCUUCAUGGGUUCCUUAUGCUAGCGCUUUGAUCUCCGUUAUGUCUAUUUUCGUGAUGCCUUGUUUGAAGAGCAUUGCAUCCAAGCAAGUUGGUCCAAAUGAACAGGGAAAGGUUCAAGGAUGCAUAACAGGCAUAUGUUCUUUCGCGAGUGUAGUUUCCCCAUUAAUUUUCAGUCCUUUAACAGCUUUAUUUCUAUCAGAUCAUGCACCUUUCCAUUUCCCAGGAUUCGGACUAGCCUGUGCUGCAUUUGCUUUAAUGAUAGCCUUCAUUGAAAGCUUCAUGAUAAGUUCAGCUUGUCCUGUAAUCGAUUGCAGCCUAAGCAAUUCAGACUUCGAAGAGCCUUAAAUUCGACAUGGAGUACGUUUAUGUUGUCAAUAUCGUUGAGCUUGGCUCCCGUCUUACAGGAAAAAACUCGAAUUACUGCAGUCUCAAAGAAAAAUUGUUU